AUGAUAUUAAAUCCUUUCACGGUUAACACAGCAAUUCACCUGAACAUCGAAAUGAUUUCUUCGGAGUUUAUCUUGGUGAUUUGUUCAUCUUUAUGGAUUGGAGUGAAACUUCACGAGGAGCCGCAAGAGGUGAUAUUUUUGCACGGCAUCUGGCGGCACAUCAAAGAAUUUGGAAUUGAAGGGCAAAUUCCUAGAAUAUCUUCGCCAGUUAAGCUAGAGAAAAGGUGUUAAAAAACCUCAGGAUCCAAAACAACACGUCAAUCAAAAUAUCACUUGGACCUUUUCGCUAAUGAAGAGCUAUCACGCGGCUAAGCUUGAAUUAGACAUACAUUGAAAUAGGAACUCGUGUCAAUAAAGUAUCUUAAGUGAGUGGGAAUCGCUCCUAGUUAAAAAACUGGUUCACAGGGAUAUGAAUCUCUUCUAGUUAAGAGAAGGGAAUCAGAAGUGCUUUUCAUGCAGGAACAGGUUUUCUUCGGGCUAACUACAAAACUUCAGCUUAUUUCACUCCUUGACAUUGUCAAAGCGCAUUUUGUAAAGAUAACUUUUUCCGCUUUAUCAGCUUUUUUUAUAUUCUAUUCCAUUAAUGUUUAACCUCCCUCAAAAAGCCAAAUAAUAUAAAUGCUGUUGUUAAAAAAAGCGUUUUACCUGUUUUCGUGAAUUCGCUACCCAAAGAUCACUAUGCUCAAAGGACAGGGCAAAAUUUCCAGGAGAGAGGCAUUAAUUUUUUUUUCCCACGAGGUUACAAAGAGAAAAUGCAAUGAUUAUUAUUAAUGUAACCAUCAGGUAUACUCUACCCACGAGGUUACGGACAGCAAAUGCAGUGAUUAUUUUUAAUGUAACCAUCAGGUAUGUUCUACCCACGAGGUUACAAAGAGAAAAUUCAAUGAUUAUUAUUAACGUAACCUUCAGGUAUGUUCUACCCACGAGGUUACAGAGAGCAAAUGCAGUGAUUAUUAUUAAAUGUAACCGUCAGGUAUAUUCUACCCACGAGGUUACAAAGAGAAAAUGCAAUGAUUAUUAUUGACGUAACCUUCAGGUAUGUUCUACCCACGAGGUUACAGAGAGCAAAUGCAGUGAUUAUUAUUAAUGUAACCGUCAGGUAUGUUCUACCCACGAGGUUACAGAGAGCAAAAGCAGUGAUUAUUAUUUUAAAUGUAACCAUCAGGUAUGUUCUACCCACGAGGUUACAGAGAGCAAAUGCAGUGAUUAUUAUUAAUGUAACCAUCAGGUAUGUUCUACCCACGAGGUUACAGACAGCAUGCAAAUGCAGUAACAAUUAUUAGAUUUUAGGUUGAGUUUCUCCAUUAAAAGAGUUUUUUGCUAGGGUUAAACAAGUUUGGCUUUCAUGAGUUUCAAGGUGCAAGAAAUUAUCAGUAUAAUUAUAGCACACAAACAUUGUCAUCUAAUUCUUCGCACGUAGCCGGAAUAAGCCAAGAAAUGAAGCAUAUAUAACGAAAAAUCGUCCUCAGAUGAUCUCCAUAUUAAGUAAAUGAUACUAAACGUUGCGAAAAAAAUUAUUGUUUGUAUCCGUCCUAUCCAUCGUAAAAGCGAGGGGUCAUCGCAUGACAUCCGGUAUAUUAAACAGAGGUAAUACUCACGGGUUUCACGAGUUGUAUGCACUAUUUUUCGCCGAGAAACAAAUUUAAACUUCAAUUCUUACCUUACAGUAGUCCGUUCUUUUACCUUGCAUUCGACAACAAAUCCGUUAAAGGCGAACAAAGCGAUUCCGGCACUCUUCUUUAUGAUGAGUAGCAAGCCGCAGGAACUGAAGCCGCUUGACUGAAGUAAAAUCCACCGAUAUUCGCGGCAUGCUCACUACAAAUAUAAACAAACGUCGCGGAGAAAAAAAGACGAGGAGGAAAAAAUGCCAGAUCUUCGCCUCGGCAAUGUAUUCCAGCUACCAUGCCGGCGUAUCUCCAGAAGGAGGACUCGACGUGGGACAAACCCUGUGAUCUUUUUUUAGAAGCCCUUUGCGCGCAAACUAAUUUAUUCUGGCGCGAAAUGAAGAAUAUGUAUACUGAAAUCUAAUCCACGACAAGAAGAUUUUCGCACUGUAGCGCGACAUAUUAAAUGCCUAUCUUUACAAGUACGCGGAGAAAGUGGUCCACUAGUUUAACUUUUUUAAGAUUAAUUUUUACUCCACAAAAGCAAAAUGAAAUGUUUUAUCUCUAUGGUUUUUACGUGCCUGAUUAGAAGGCAGAAGUAAAUUCAUCAUACAGACCCCAUCAAAAUGAAAGUACACGAAUGAAACGGAAUAAGUCUGGGACGGUUUAGUUUCUACCCAGCAGCUUCUUUGCUUUUAUAACAAAAAUUUAAUGUUGCAGUCUGUUUUAAACGUUGGCAUAUCAACGCACACAGUCACUGAAUGAAAACAACAAACACGAUCACGUUCUUCGAAACCGACCAGACGCGCGCGACCUACCACUGUUAUGGUAAGCAAUUAUCCUGAAGGUGUUAAUGUUCCCGUGACAGUCUUCGCACUGAAGGUGUAAAUGGUAAACCGAACGGUCGCUUUGAUCAUCAGAAAGACCUGUCAACUUUGAUGAUUUAACUGAUUAAAUUACGGGACAGAAAUUUUACUGCUUGCGGCUCAUCGUGCUAUAUUUUUCAAGAAACGUUUCCGGUGGAGAGAACACUGUUUUGCCUGUUUAAGUUUGGAUAGCGCGAUUCUUCUCAUAAUCGCUGCGCAUUUUUUGCUGCCGAUGAUAACAGCAAGAUUAGAUAGUGCGAAUCUUAUUCCCAUAAUGGCUGCGCAGUUUUUGUUGCCGAAAGUUUGGUUAUUGCAGAUGAUAACAGCAGUGACAGCUAUGGUCUUGGCUAUCAAGGACAUGUAUUGGAUGAUGAAUAAUCUAUGGGAAUUAGUCAAGUCCUUGGUGCUUGGUGCCUACAUAAUUAUAUCCUGGGAGAGUGAACGGGGAUCAUGUAUUUUGCCCUUAUCUUCCGUGUUUUUUGCGCUAACUCAGUUCCUGCGAUGGCCAAGAUGGCUGAAAGAUUUCCUCAGUGAAGUGAGAAUCGUCUGUGGCCCUGCCUUUCCCAUUUCCGUCUUCGCAACAUGGCUGAAACAGAGCGAACCCUCUGGCUCGUCAUCCUGUGUUCUCGUUGCUGUACUCUGUUCCUCGGUAGCCGCCAUCUUUUUUCGCCCCGACAACUCUGAAGUUUUGGUCUUGUUGCAUCUACCAGUCCCCAGCUCGAGAAACAGGAAAGUUUGUCAUGCAAUAUUGAUGUUUUUCAGUCUCCUUUAUUUGACAGUGCAUAUUCCGUGCAUUUACAGUAACCCUGUUUCUAUUGUGGUGGUCAUACUGUGCGUGUGUUUCUUUUUUCGCGCCACCGACACUGCGCACCGCGCGUAUCAUUGGAUCGGCCGUUUUUUUCCGGGAAACCGUGACCGUGAAUGA